UAUAUCUGCAUUUACGGCUAUUGAGCGACAUUACCUCUUCUCGAUUUUCAAGAUGCAGGGCGUUCUAGCUGUUGGCAUACUCAUGGCUUUGGUCUAUUCCAUCGAAGGAAAACCAAAACGUCAACCAUUCUCAACACAACAUGGUCCUUUCAUUGUCCAACAUUUCGCUCCUGUUUGUGAUGGCAAACUCCAAUGCGGCUGUAAUGAUUUUAUGGGUCAUCCGGAAUGCGUGUCUGCCAUGGCCGUGUGUGACGGAGUGACUGAUUGUUCGAAUGGCGCCGACGAGCAAGGAUGCCCGAACCCAAACUGCAAGUCGCAAGGUCUGAUGACAUGUAGCGACAGGAAAACCUGCGGGAAACCAUGUGAUGGCUUUCCACAGUGUUCCGGACUUGAAGACGAACGCAUGUGUCCGACGAUCUGUCCAAAGGGUAAUCUACAAUGUAGAGAUGGGAAGACUUGCAUUAGCGCCGAGCGUCUGUGCGAUGGCCAUGACGACUGCAUGGAUGGGCAAGAUGAGGAAAGAUGCAACCUGUUCAAAUGUGCAAGCGGACAAAUCCUGUGCUCCGACGGGAAAUGUGGGAAUGUGUGUGAUGGGGAAAUGCAAUGCUCAGAUAAAGCAGACGAGCAAAACUGCAAAGAUCUACAAUGCCCGAACCGCGUCUUCAUCGAUUGUGACAGUUUCGGUUUCGCCUUCAAGAGGUGCCAAGUGCCAAAUGCCUCCAUGGUGCUCAGUGUCGUGGUAACGGCAAGAAGGUCAAUAUCGGACUGCACAUUGAACAACAGCUUUGGGAGAGACGUUAUGUCCAUAUGGGUGGACAACGGGUGCAGAGCGACGUUUGAAGUCUGUUACAAGUAGUAGAGUCCACUUGCAGUGUGUGUAUACCACGUGAUAAAUUACGUCAUAUCUGCUACGUCGAAAGUUUUCAAAAUUUUCCUAAUCGAAAACUUAAAUCAAAGGAAAUUUUUCAUUUACAACACCAUUUCCAAAAUAAUGUUUUGACAGUGCUCCGGAUCCGUCAGACGGCCGUAUUGUGAAAAGGUUUGUCGAAGUGUUAUAAGGAACUAAACAUGCAAUCAAAUUCUGGUAAAAGACCGAAGGUGGUGCUCCGUAAGCGGCAUAGACUGCGCCUUGUUUCAUUUAAAAUGGUGAAGAAAUAGUGAAGUUAACUCUGUUUAAAGUCUUUUUUUCAAACCAAAAUAUUGCCUUCUGACGUAGCAUUUAUGACGCAAUUUAUUACGUGGUAUACACACACUGGCUUGCAGGAGUUUGCUUUCUAUGUACAUGCA